CGCGCCUGCGCACGCCUCGGCUCACGAGCACACGCGCGGGCACGCCGAUGCACGCGCUGCGGCACACCGAUGCACGCACCGUGGCAUGCCGAUGCACACGCCGUGGCAUGCUGAUGCAUACACCGUGGCACGCCGAUGCACACGUGCCGGCGUGCCGAUGCACACGCCACGGCGCGCCGAUGCACACAUUAUGGCACGCCGAUACACGUGCCACGGCACACCGAUGCACACGCCGUGGCAAGCUGAUGCCUGCGCAUGGGCACACCGAUGCACACGUGCGGACAUGCGAAUGCACGCGCUGUGGCACACCGAUGCGCACGCCGUGGCACGCACCAAUGCACACCAAUGUGCAUGCCAUGGCACACCGAUGCACACGCCACAGCACACCGAUGCACACGCCACAGCACACCGAUACACACGCCACGGCGGCGGGUGGGAGUUGAGCCCAGCGGCCAGACUGGGGGCCCUGCCGCCCCGUCCCCGAGCGCCCCGUCCCGUUCUGCCCCGGGAGGGGGGCACCCGGGCAGGGGCUGCGGUCGCCCCGCGCUGCCCUCGCCGCGGUGCCCGCAGCCCCCAGCUCUCGUCCCCUGAGCCCGUCAGGAGGACACAUAGGGAUGAGGCCACCCCAAAACCCUGUGGCGGAGGGGACAUCCCGCCGCCCCCCAAUUUGCUCCUUGGGGUGCAAAGGCGGCUCGGUGGCCUCCUGCGCGGCGUUUCGGAGGGCACCGGCGCCCGGGGUGGGGCGGCGGGGUGGUCCCACGUCCCCAUCCCCGCGGCACGCGGUGCCACCCGCUGCCCCUGUCAAUCAGGCCCUGGCCGCGCUCCCGGCCGCGCUGGCGGCGAAGAUGGACGCGCCGGAGCUGCUCCGGCUCUGGGUGCUGGCAGCGGUGGCCCUCGGCGGCGCCCAGGGCUCCCUCCCCGACCUCAGCCUCUCCUCCGAGACCGGAGCCAUCUUCGUGCACGAGCUCGAGCGGGAGCCGUUCCAGGAGGCCUUCGCCACCGCGCGCGAGGAUGACGGCGAAGCCGCCGCCGCCGCCGGCCCCAUCACCUUCCAGCCCCACCUGCGGGGCCGCCCCGACCUGCCCCGCUGGCUGCGCUAUGCCCAGCGCGGCCCCGCCGAGCCGGGCUACCUCUACGGCUCGCCCACGGCCGCGGAGGUGGGCACCCACGUCAUCGAGGUGCUGGCGUACGGCAGGGACACGUACGAGACGGCGGCGCAGAGGGUCAUCGUCACCGUGGUGCCCUCCGCCGCCGGGCCGCCGCCGUACCAGGGCGAGUUCUUGGUGGCGAACAGGAACGUGGAGGAGAUGCUGCCGGCCGCCGCGCGGCGGCUCUUCCGGCAGGCGGCCGACGGCGUCUGGGAGCGGCGCGACCUGAGCAUCAUCAACAUCACCUCGGCCCUGGACCGGGGCGGCCGCGUCCCGCUGCCCAUCGAGGGCCGCAAGGAGGGGGUGUACGUCAAGGUGGGCUCGCGCGGCGCCUUCUCGCGCUGCCUGGCCGCGGCCGCCUCGGCGCAGAGCCGCUUGCGCUGCAGCCUGGGCCAGCAGCCCGUCGCCACCUGCUACGACACCUUCGGGCCGCAGUUCAGGAUCGACUGGUGCAACCUCACCCUGCUCGAGGUCUCCGCCAGCCCCACGGUGCUGGGGCCGGCCCAGGGCACCGGGGUGCUGGAGGAGGGCGGCGAUUUCGCGCCCCCCACCGCCUCGCCCGCCGCGGACUUCCUCGCCGGCUACCUGCUCACCAUCCUGGUGCCGCUGCUGGUGGCCGCGCUGCUCUGCCUGCUCCUGGGCCACCUCAUGUGCUGCCGCAGGGAGGGAGUGCAAAAAAGGGACAUGGAGACGUCCGACAUCCAGCUGGUCCAUCACACCACCAUCCACGGCAACGCGCAGGAGCUGCGGCACAUGGCCAGCAGCCGCGACGACGUCCCGCGGCCCCUCUCCACCCUGCCCAUGUUCAACGUGCGCACGGGCCAGCGCGCCGACCCCACGCGGGGCCUGGGCGACGCCGCCCGCCGCCCGCUCCUCCCGCGCCAGCGGUAAUGGGCUGCGCCGGGUGCUCGUGUCCCUCCUGCCGCCCUGGGCUCGGUGCAGGCGGCCUGGAAAGGUCCCCUCCGCUGCGGGGGGGAGGGUGCCGCCGGGUUGGUAAAGCUGCUCUUUGGCAACGA